AUGCAGAUGUUAGAAGGUACUAAUCAUGUUGUUACGCAGAAGUCAGAAUGUAAUAACAAUGUUGCUAUGCAGAGAUUAGAAUGUACUAAUGGUGCUGGUAUGCAGAGGUUGGAAUGUACUAAUCAUGUUGUUAUGCAGAUGUCAGAAUGUAAUUAUGAUGUUGCUAUGCAGAAGUCAGAAUGUAAUAAUGAUGUUGCUAUGCAGAUGUUGGAAUGUACUAAUGAUGUUGCUAUGCAGAAGUCAGAAUGUAAUAAUAAUGUUGCUAUGCAGAUGUUGGAAUGUACUAAUGAUGUUGCUAUGCAGAGGUUAGAAUGUACUAAUCAUGUUGUUAUGCAGAUGUCAGAAUGUAAUAAUGAUGUUGCUAUGCAGAGGUUAGAAUGUACUAAUCAUGUUGUUAUGCAGAUGUCAGAAUGUAAUAAUGAUGUUGCUAUGCAGAGGUUAGAAUGUACUAAUCAUGUUGUUAUGCAGAUGUCAGAAUGUAAUAAUGAUGUUGCUAUAAAGAGGUUGGAAUGUACUAAUCAUGUUGUUAUGCACAUGUCAGAAUGUAAUAAUGAUGUUGCUGUGCAGAGGUUGGAAUGUGCUUAUCAUGUUGUUAUGCAGAUGUCAGAAUGUAAUAAUGAUGUUACUAUGCAAAGGUUAGAAUGUAAUAAUCAUGUUGUUAUGCAGAUGUCAGAAUGUAAUAAUGAUGUUGCUAUGCAAAGGUUAGAAUGUAAUAAUCAUGUUGUUAUGCAGAUGUCAGAAUGUAAUAAUGAUGUUGCUAUGCAGAGGUUAGAAUGUGCUAAUCAUGUUGUUAUGCAGAUGUCAGAAUGUAAUAAUGAUGUUGCUAUGCAGAGGUUAGAAUGUGCUAAUCAUGUUGUUAUGCAGAUAUCAGAAUGUAAUAAUGAUGUUGCUAUGCAGAAGUUCGAAAGUCCUAAUGAUGUUGCUAUGCAAAGGUUGAAAUGUACUAAUGAUGUUGCUAUGCAAAGGUUGGAAUGUACUAAUAAUGUUGCUAUUCAGAGGUUGGAACCUACCAAUGAUGCUGCUAUGCAGAGCACAGAACAGCGACUUCCAGCAGAGAACAGGGGUUUCCACUAUAGGACAGGGGCCAGACCAGGAACCUGGAGUUUCCAGUACAGAACUAAAUUUUUCAGUACAGAACUGGUGCUUCCAGUACAGAACGUGUUUAUUUCACUGGAUUUAAAACCAUUCUCUUACUUCAGUUAUGAAACAACAGUCAGUUAA